AAGCGAUUGUACUUACCGUGACCGACAUGCUAACUUUCUCCCUGUUGUAGAGUUCAUGCGAGUUACGGUAAGAUAAGAGUGAAACACCAGAAUCUGUGUGAGAGAACUUGUUUAUGUGGACUCUGUGUGAACGUUUGGGAUGUUUCACCUCAAACUCAUCGAGCUCUUUAGUCCAGAAGAAGAUAAAGGCUAAGCUAAAGGACGUUAGUGGAGCUCGCUGGCAGGAAAUAGACGGAGACGGAAAUUGGUCAUAAUGCAGUCUGAGUGGCUUCAAUGGAGACCGAGCUGUGUUACUCACCGACUCUAAAUGUUCAGAUGAAUCUGUCCGAGGAGACAUCUGAAUUAUCUGCUGCUGUAGCACGAAGCUAAUGGAGUUAGCUUAAUUUGCUCCCUGGAAAUAGACGGAGCCGAGCGGACUGUAAACACAGCGCACAUCAGAGUGAGCAGACAGUUUUUAACGGAGUGUUUCUGGAGGGAAAGUUCGUGUGAGUCAGUGAAAAUGUCUAAAGUCCAAACGCUGAGAGUUGUUGUGAAGCAGCGACUAACUGCGGCUGCUGAAGAGAUAUUUGAGCUGUUUGAAAGAACGAUAGCAGAGUACGAGGAGGAACUGUGUCGACACCGGAAACUACUGGACGCUGUUACCGAGCCUCAGGUCCAGUUACACAGAACAGACGUCCAGCAGCUGUUGGAGAGUGAAGAAGAGGAUCCUCCUGAGCAGCAGGAGUGGAGCUCCAGUCUGGACCAGGAGGAACCAGAACCCCCACACAUUAAAGAGGAACAGGAGGAACUCUGGACCCGUCAGGAGGGAGAGCAGCUUCCAGGGCUGGAGGAGGCUGAUAUCAAGGUCACCUUCAGUCCUGUCCCUGUGAAGAGUGAAGAAGAUGAUAAUCAUUUGAAAACAGAAGCUGAUGGAGAGGACUGUCGAGAACCAGAACCUGUCAGCAACUUUAAUCCAAAAAGUCAUGACAAGACGUUACACUUGUCUGAAACAGAGUCUGAUGACAGCAGUGACUGGGGGGAGACCAGGGAGCCUCAGCCAGGUUUAAUCCCUCAGCAAAACAAUGAGUUAUCUGGCAGUGGUACGGACUGUAAUACUGAAAUACAAUCUGUUAUCUCUGCUGAAUGUUCUUCAAGCUUUGACCACAUGGGACACCUGCAGAAACAAGAUGAAAUCCAAACAGGAGCGAAGCCAUUCAGUUGUUCGGUUUGUGGUAAAAGAUAUGCCGGGAAUCACUCUUUAAAGGGUCACAUGAGACUUCACUCAGAAGGAAAACAUUUCAGCUGCCCAGUUUGUAAAAAGACUUUUGCAUGGAGAGCAGGACUUGAGUCGCACAUGAGAAUCCACACGGGGGAGAAACCCUUCAGUUGUGCCUUCUGUGGUACAGGAUUUGCACAGAGGUCAACUUUGACCUCACACCUAAGAGUUCAUACAGGAGAGAAACCUUUCACCUGCUCAGUUUGUAAUAAAGGUUUCUGUAACAGCAGCACUUUAAUCAAACACAUGAGAGUCCACACUGGAGAGAAACCGUUUGGUUGUUCAGUUUGUGGCAAAACGUUUACAAGAAAGGCGCAUAUGAGACAACACCUGAUUGUCCACACAGAGGAGAAACCAUUCAGUUGUUCAGUUUGUGGUCAAAGAUUCACACAACAUGGGUCUCUGAGACGACACAUGGGCGUCCACACAGGAGACACUACUGAGUUGAAAAACACAAACAUCCAGCUGUUGUUGGUGAGUAAAGAAGCGGUUCCUCCUGAGCAGCAGGAGAGGAGCUCCAGUCUGGACCAGGAGGAACCACCAGAGCUGCCACACAUUAAAGAGGAACAGGAGGAACUGUGGACCCGUCAGGACAGAGAGCAGCUUCCAGUCCCUUCCAGUCUGGACCAGGAGGAACCAGAACCCCCACACAUUAAAGAGGAACAGGAGGAACUCUGGACCAAUCAGGAGGGAGAGCAGCUUCCAGGGCUGGAGGAGGCUGAUAUCAAGUUCACCUUCAGUCCUGUCCCUGUGAAGAGUGAAGAACAUGAUGAAGAGGAACCUCAGUCCUCACAGCUGCAUCACAGACAGACUGAAGCGAUCAGAGACGACGAGCAUUUGAAAACAGAAGCUGAUGGAGAGUUCUGUGGAGGACCAGAACCAGCCUGGAACUGUAAUUUACAACCAGCCACUCAUGACGAGACUUCACACUUCUCUGAACCGGAGACUGAUGACAGUUGUGAACGUCAGUCAGGUUUAUAUCCUCUACGAAACAAUGCUGCACCUGUAAGUGAUGUGGAAUAUAACACAACAUCAUUCAGCUCCUCUGAAUGUGCUACAAGCUCUGACUAUAAGGGACAAGAGCCAGAUUCAAAUCACUUCAGCUGCCCGGUGUGCAAAAAGGCUUUUAAAGUGAGAAUCAAUGUCGUGAGGCACAUGAGAAUCCACACAGGGGAGAAACCCUUCAGCUGCUCCAUCUGCGGUAUGAGAUUCUCACGGAGCUCAAACUUGACCUCACACAUCCGAGUUCACACAGGAGAGAAACCUUUCACCUGCUCGGUUUGUAAAACAAGUUUCAGCGACAGAAGCAAUUUGUCCCAGCACAUGAGGAUCCACACCGGGGAGAGACCGUUCAGCUGUUUAGUCUGUGACAAAAAGUUUACACGAAGCAACCAACUGAGGCGACACCUGUCCGUCCACACAGGGGAGAAGCCGUUCAGCUGCAGCGUUUGCAAUAAAAGAUUCACUCGGCUUUAUUACGUCAAACAACACAAGUGUGCUGUGAGAGGAGCUGAGGUGAAUGAAGCUGCAGAGAUGCUUGUUGAUCCAAUGUUUCCAGGAGGACUGAAGUACUGAGUGGACGAUGUGACUCGACUGUGAUCAGAUCAAAACUGUGAUACAGACAGAAUCUGUUGUUUCAUCUCUGAUGAAGCCGCAUGGUCGCUCUGUUUUUAUUUUGGUGUUAUUUUUGCAAGAUCUGUUCUUUUUAGUAUGAAAUGUAAUCAUGAAUGGGCAUUAAUGGGAUUUUAUUGUUGCUGACAUCGAUACUGAUAUUUAUUGAUAUUCUUCUGAUACUAGUCUCUAUGAUAAAGUGCAAAAAGUGUAGACAAAAAUUAAGAAAUAAUAAGUUAUACAGGUUGUGGUCAUUACCAGACAGUUAAAUCUGCUGUAAGUAAUAUAUUUUAUUAAAAUAAGUGUUUAAAAAGCUCUGUACUCUGACAGUAAUCACUGUUAUAGAGGGUUUGUUCAGUGAUUCAUGUCUCUCCUCACCCUGCUCAGGCAGUAAAAAUAGAUCACAGAUUUUCUUCCCUGAUGAACACACAGAGCAGGAUCCUGUUGAUCCAUCACACUGCCAGUGGUGGAACAGAGAGAGCAACCAAUUCUAGCACUUCCAUAGACGGCGUACACUAACAAACAGGUGAAGAGAUGAAAGUGAGUUGCCUCGACAAAAAGGAAGAAGUCACAGUGACGUAGAGAGGAGAGAUGGGAGCGCUAACUGCACCACAGACAGGAAGUUAGCACGACGAGCAAACUUACAGCAGCUUUAAGAAUAUCAGCAAACGUAAGCAGCAGAAAAUAUGUCACUGUCACUGUCAGCUCACUGAAAGUUCAUACUACUACCUUUAAAUUAGCAGCUGAUGCUAUUGUAGUCGUUGACCAAAACAAACUGUCCUUCUCAGAAUAAACGACAUCCCGGUGACAUUCGGCUGUUUGCUCCUGUGUGAUCUUCCCUCGUCUAGCGACAGUGAAUGGGUUGGACUUCACCUGUCGUCUGAUGCAGGCGCACCUGCUGCUCCAGAAGAAUCUUUAUUGAUCACAUACAUUCAUACAAUGUACAACAUACUGAA